CUCCAUCACGGAAGACAGUACAGAUGGAUGCCUCCAAAGAAAUUGAGCCUGCAGGAGAGUUCACUUGCCAGCUGUGUGGCUUAGCAGCUCCAUACACAUACUAUGGGCAGAAGCCACCAAACACACACUCCCUUGUGAUUUUGGAAGAAAGCUAUGUGAUGAAAGAUCCUUUCACUCCUGACAAGAGCAAGUUCCUCAUCCUUGGGUCUCACUGCAGUUUGUGUGGCAGACCAGUGUGUGUUGGUGCAGAAUGUAGCCUGUUCUACUCCAAAAGGUUCUGCCUUCCUUGUGUGAAGAAAAACCUAAGGGCCUUUCCUUUGGAAAUACAAGAAGAUAUGGAGAAAAGGAAGUCCCAGCAAAAAUCCUUGCCCAGUGGAAAAAUGGAUACAAGAACAUAA